AUGUCUGACGCUCGCAAGGGCACGUCGUCGUCUCCGGCGCCGGCGACGCCAGCUGGCAAAAAGGCCGGCGCGUCCGGGACACCCAAAGUGAAGAACGACGAGGAGGCCACGAUUAAGGUGGCAUCAAAGAAGGACAAAGACAGCAAGGAUAAGGACAGCAAGGACAGCAAAGAAGGUGGCCCUGCGUCCAAGCCGAGCGGCACCAUCAAACUGAAGAAGCCCCCGCCGAAGCACAAGCAGCCAGGCAACUGGAAGGAGGGAACUUUUGUGGAUCAAGAAAAGAAGAAGGGCAAGAAUGCCAACUCCGCCAUCCCGGCGCCAUCACCGAGCCCAGUGGUCAACCAGCUCGACGAGACGGCACGCGAAACAUUUGCCACCGGCCGCCCACUCGAAGACGCGCUCAACCUGCAAAUGUGUAAGCACUGCAAGAAGAGCGUACUCGCCACCGCCGCAAAGCAGCAUAUUGCGGCGUGCCUGAAAGUUAAGAAAGAGAAGGCACAGCGGAAGAAGGAAGCGAAGGAGGCCCGCGACCGGGCGCGCGAGCAGCAGCAGCGGGACGAAAAGGAAGCGCAACGCAAGCUAGAGGGCCGUGACAAGGACGACGACUCGAGUGACAGCGACGACGGGAACGACAAGAAGGCGGCGGGAACCGGGACGCCGAGCGGCAAGGGCAAGAAGUCUGCGGCGGCUGCCAAGAAGGGCGACGCGGCGGGCGACUCCAAAACGGGCGCAGCAGCGAACAAGAAGCGCAAGGCCGAAGCCGAGAUUGAAAAGGCAGCGCCGAAGAAGAAAAAGAAGGAGGAGGCCAAGCCCAAGACAGCAAAGCCCAAGGGCCCCGUCGAUGUGGAGCGACAGUGCGGUGUCAUUCUGCCUAACGGUCAGCCGUGUGCCCGCUCUUUGACAUGCAAGAGUCACUCAAUGGGAGCCAAGCGUGCUGUUCCGGGACGGUCGUUGCCGUACGACAUGCUCUUAGCGGCGUACCAGAAGAAGAACCAGGCAAAGCAGCAGAAGGCUGCCAUCGAUGCCAGCGCGCCGGCGGAGGAAGAGGAGGAUCCGAAUGGUGGCAACAUCGACUCGGAUGAAGAGGCGGCGACGGUGAUGAACGCCAUGGCGAACUGGCGACCACGGCCGGUGGUGCCGCAGCACGCGUUUGCACCCAUUAAACGCCAGUAUCAGCUGGCACGGUUGUUUGAACAGCUUAACACGGCGACCAAUGGCGGGCGUGUGAACAUCUUUGGCGUGCGCGGCUACGGAGCACAGAAACUACCCGACGACCACCCGAGUCUUGCUGACAGCGAGGAUGCUAUGGGCGAGCCCGAUCUUGACAUGCUGACGACCAUGAUGCCGCCAGCAGUGCCAGCUUCUGUCGGCCGCGCAACAUCCACGACGCCGGUGCCGCCACCCACAGUCACAUCGACGACGCCAAUACCCGUGCCGGCAACGCCGUCGUCCUCGUCACCACCUGUAGGCAUGCGCAACCAUAGCAGCCCGUCGACGACGCAGAGGCCAGUUCCUGUGGCUGGCCGUGCUUAG